GGAAAUACAAUGUAGAGAGAGAAACCAACAGAUUAAGGAUUUAUAUAUCCAGAGAGGGAAACAUGAUCAUCAGAGAUGAAGGAGGAAGGAGCAGUAAGUACUACGCAGCCUGGAAUUACCCCCGACAAUCCGCCGCAGAAGAUGAAGAAAGCCACCGGAGUCUCCCCCAUUCUUCCCUCGCCCGCGGAGAGGAAGGAGAGGGGCGAAAAGUGCGGAAAUAGAGGACAGUCGUCCGGGACGCCACGUGGCGGGCUGUGAGUGGAGGACGCGCGGCUCGCUUCCCGCGACCCCUCCAUCCCUACACAAGGUCAGUGUGGUGCGUUGUGUGAUGUGGAACACUCCCCACCCACCCCGCAAGACAUACCCGCCCCACCUGGGAAUCCGUAUACGUAGGCAAUCUCUCUCUAGAAACUCAUUCUCCCUCUAUUUUAUACUUUCCACCGCUCUCUCUCUCUUCGUUCUCGUAUUCCUCUCGCUUUCUCUCUCUAUCCCCGUCCAAUACCCUAAAUCGCCUAAUCUCCAGUGCCCCUUUGCUAUCUUUAGCCCUGCCAGCGAACAAGCCUGAGUGUUUCUGCUGUUUUGUUUGGUUUUGAUCGGCUUGAAGGAUUGUUCUGAGAUGUACAUACCCUGUUGCCAGCAAUGAAAGAAGAUGUUGCAGAAGCUAGCAAAAUGCUUAACAAAAACUGGGUCCUGAAACGCAAAAGACGGAAGAUUCCAUCUGGCUUGGAUUCAUUAACCCUCAAGGAAGAAAAAUCUCAACCCCCCGAUUUAGCAGUAUGUAAUACUUCAUCUAAACAUGGGGUGAAAGAUGAAAUCGUGUCGGGCCGUUCCUCUUGCAAGAAAAGGGGAGACGAUGGGUACUAUUAUGAGUGUGUUGUGUGUGAUCUUGGUGGAAAUUUGUUGUGUUGUGAGAGUUGUCCUCGAACAUAUCACAUUCAGUGUCUAGAACCUCCACUUAAGCGUAUACCAACCGGGAAAUGGGAAUGUCCAAAGUGUCAUCUCAUGACAGAAGAGUCCCCCGGCCCCCAAAGUAAUUUAGAUUCUGUUUCAAAACGAGCCAGAACAAAGGUCACUAUUGUGGAACCUAACAGUGAGAAUAAAGCAUCUGGAAGUACUAAGACGUCUAAGAACAUUGGAGGUUCCAUUCUUAAUAAUAAAAAAUUGUCAAGUAAAGUAAAAUCUUCUUUGUCUCAACGAGUCCAUAAUGAGAAGAAGCAUUCCUCCCUGAAUAAUGUUAUUUUGAAGACCAAACUUAACCAUGCCCCAGGAGAUGGUUCUGCUGGUUGUAGUACAUCAAACAUGAGCGUUGAAAAGGUGCCAACUGAUAAGAAAUCUACUACUCCCACUAAGGAAGUUAUUUCUCUAUCAAAUGUAGAGGGUCUGAAGAAGAGCAAAGAGGCUUCUGUGAGAAGGGAUCGGAAGUCAAUGGAUUCCGCUUCAAAGAAAGAAAGGAAAAGGAAACGCGAGUUCUUCUCAGUAGAUAAUUGGAAGAAGCGCAGAACUGACAAGUCCAAGGAUGCUGCCAAAACAAAAAAAAGUAAAUUUGGCUCAAAAACUGCCCAUCCUGGGACCAGCAAUAAAGCUCAAAAGAAACUCAAGUCAAUUAACGACAAAGCCUCUGCAAUUACGUCAAAUCAGGAUGUUAGAAAGGAAAAGGAUACUGCUGAUGAGCAGCUUAAAGAAGAGAUAGUUACUGAGGAGGAAUCUCUCCCAUCUGAAGAAUUGGGAAAAGUUACUGUUGAACCAGUCACAUGUGAAGAAAUUGGGCUUGACGCUCAACAGGUUGAUAGAGUACUGGGAUGUCGAGUUCGGGAGGUUGACGCAAGAAAGUUGUGCAGUACUGAUUUGUCAACAGUGAAUGAUGACCCACAGUCAGAGGGAUCUCCUGUCCAUAAAGUUGCAAAAAAGUUGAGCCAUAGAGACCCUGGUGGUGAUAUAGGUUCUGAUGAGAUAGCUUUUACGGAUGGCUCUCAAGGUCUCACUGAUUGUCCUGAUGAAGCAAGGGUCAUAAAAGAUGAAAUUCUAAAGGAUAAAGUUCAAGGUGAUGAUUCAGCAGGAAGAGAGGACUACCAAAUGAAUGCUGAAGAAUAUGAUAAAACUAAUGAAAAAACUUCAAGAGAAACUGAUGCACGUGUGGAGAUCCAUAGUUGUAAUGAUAGUACGGAAUGCUCUGACGAUUAUGCCUCUAAUCAACUAGCAAAUGCGAAGGCAGUUGAUACAGCAUUGGCUGCGCCUAGCAUGCCUCAAAAGAAACGCAAGGGGUCUAUCUUGGUUGAAUCAUUGAACUCCAAUGGAGUAACCGUUUUGUAUGAAUUUCUGAUCAAAUGGGUUGGGAAAUCUAAUAUUCAUAAUACAUGGGUAUCAGAGUCUGAGCUUAAAACAAUGGCAAAACGGAAGCUUGACAAUUACAAGGCAAAAUAUGGUACAGCCACAAUAAAUAUUUGCGAAGAGCAAUGGAAGAUUCCUCAACGAGUAAUUGCUGUCCGCUCUGCUUCUGGUGGUGCAACAGAAGCUUUUGUGAAGUGGACUGGUCUCCCAUAUGAUGAGUGCACUUGGGAAAGGACAGAUGAACCAGUGAUCUCGAAAUCAUCCCACCUGAUUGAUCUGUUUCACAGAUUUGAAUACCAAGCAUUGGAUAGAGAUGCUACUAAGGAAGACAUAUUGAAGAAAAAGAAUGGAAUACAACACAGUGACAUAUCUUCUCUCACAGAGCAGCCUAAAGAGCUCCAAGGAGGCUUACUAUUUCCCCAUCAAAUGGAAGCCUUGAAUUGGUUGCGCAAGUGCUGGUCCAAGUCCAAAAAUGUCAUUCUUGCUGAUGAAAUGGGGCUUGGGAAAACUGUGUCAGCUUGUGCUUUCUUGUCAGCAGUGUACUUUGAGUUCAAAGCUAGAUUGCCUUCACUUGUCUUGGUUCCUCUUUCAACACUGCCAAAUUGGAUGGCAGAGUUUUCACUGUGGGCUCCUGAACUAAAUGUUGUAGAUUAUCACGGGAGCUCCAAAGCGAGAACCGUAAUCCGUCAGUAUGAAUGGCAUGCCGGCAACCAAAAUGGUUCAAAUAAAAAAACUUCUUCCUACAAAUUUAAUGUUCUACUAACGACUUAUGAAAUGGUUCUUGCCGAUUUGUCUAAUCUUCGUUGUAUUCCUUGGGAAGUUCUUGUGGUGGAUGAAGGACAUCGUCUAAAAAACUCUAGCAGCAAGCUCUUUGGCUCACUCAACACAUUUUCGUUCCAGCAUCGUGUGCUUUUGACUGGUACUCCUCUUCAGAACAAUAUAGGAGAGAUGUAUAACCUACUCAAUUUCUUACAGCCGACAUCCUUCCCAUCAUUGUCUUCAUUUGAGCAGAAGUUUAAUGAUCUUACGACUGCCGAAAAGGUAGACGAAUUGAAGAAACUUGUUGCGCCACACAUGCUCCGGAGGCUUAAGAAAGAUGCCAUGCAAAAUAUUCCCCCUAAAACAGAACGGAUGGUUCCUGUUGAGUUAACAUCUAUCCAAGCAGAAUACUAUCGUGCAAUGCUGACAAAGAACUAUCAGAUUUUGCGCAACAUAGGAAAAGGUGUAGCACAGCAAUCAAUGCUGAACAUUGUGAUGCAGCUGAGAAAAGUGUGCAACCAUCCUUAUCUAAUACCUGGUACUGAACCUGAAUCUGGCUCAUUGGAAUUCCUCCAUGAAAUGCGGAUAAAGGCUUCCGCAAAGCUAACUCUUCUCCAUUCUAUGCUCAAGAUUUUGCAUAAAGAAGGUCACAGAGUCCUCAUAUUUUCACAGAUGACAAAGCUUCUUGAUAUCCUUGAGGAUUAUUUGACAAUUGAAUUUGGCCCUAAGACAUAUGAGAGAGUUGAUGGAUCUGUUGCAGUGGCUGAUCGUCAAACAGCAAUUGCACGUUUUAACCAAGAUAGAUCUCGUUUUGUCUUCUUGUUAUCAACACGCUCAUGUGGCCUUGGAAUCAAUCUAGCUACCGCAGAUACUGUCAUCAUUUAUGAUUCAGACUUCAACCCUCAUGCUGAUAUCCAAGCGAUGAAUCGUGCACACAGGAUUGGACAAUCAAAUAGACUUCUGGUUUACAGGCUGGUUGUUCGUGCUAGUGUUGAAGAACGCAUAUUGCAACUCGCUAAGAAAAAAUUGAUGCUUGACCAACUUUUUGUAAAUAAGUCAGGAUCACAAAAGGAGGUGGAAGAUAUCCUAAGAUGGGGAACUGAACAACUUUUUAGUGAUUCCUCUAGCGAAGUGGAGAAUGGGCUAAGUGAAAAUAUGAACAAUAACUUCGAAGCUGUUAUGGAAAUAGAGCAAAAGCAUAGGAGGAAGAUUGGGAGCCUUGGGGAUGUGUAUAAGGAUAAAUGUGCUGAGAUCAGUACCAAGAUAGUUUGGGAUGAGAAUGCCAUUCUAAAGCUGCUUGAUCGAUCUACCCUCCAGUCAGACUCACCUGAUAGCAAUGAAGCUGAAAUUGAGACUGAUAUGCUUGGUUCAGUGAAGUCUUCAGAGUGGAAUGAAGAAGCAAAUGAAGAGCAGGCUGGUGAAUUAGUACUUGCCGCGGUGAACGAUGAUACAAUCGCACAGAAUUUGGAGAUGAAAGAGGAGGCUAUAGUUGGUAGUAAUACUGAAGAAAAUGAAUGGGACAGACUUCUGCGAGUGAGAUGGGAGAAACAUCAAAGUGAGGAGGAAGCGGUUCUUGGGCGUGGUAAACGCCAGAGAAAGGCUGUUUCCUACAGGGAGGCAUAUGCUGCACACCACAGCGAAACAUUCAGUGAGAGUUGGGCGGAAGAAGAUCAGGACCUGAAGCUCGAGCCUGUGCCCGAGCCAGAGAAAGAGUAUACUUCAGCAGGAAGGGCAUUGAAGACGAAAUAUGCCAAGCUUCGUGCCAGACAAAAAGAAAGAUUGGCUAGAAGACAUGUCAGGGAGUGUUCUGCACCAAUUGAAGGAUCUACUGGAAUCCAGUUCAUUCAAUCGCCGGCUCAGGAUGUAAAUCUAACACCGCUAUCCAUUCAUCCCAGUGAAGAUAAUUCUUCAGCUGUAUUCUUAGAAGGUACCAGUUGCAGACGGACUUCAGCCGGGCCAAAAAAUAAGACAGAUUCAACCACAGCGGCUAUAAAAUUAACGACGUGUAAUUUGGGUGAACAUCUUGGUCAACCUCUCCAUGAUUCUCAAUUGAAUCCAGUACAGGUCACAAGUUUUGUUAACUCUGAAGCCCACACUCCCCUUGUUAUAGGGUUAUGUGCUCCAAAUGCGAACCAAAUGGAAUCAUUACAGAAGAAGUUUUCAAGAUUGUACAACAGAAAAAACAGGGCAAAUUUGGGAUCUGAGUUGGUGCCUGGUGUUGCUUCUUGUCCCGCAACAUCAGAUGAAAUGGGAACUAAGGUUCACGAAAAUCUAUCUGUUAGAUCUAAAUUGUCAGACACACCACUUGAUGUUUCCCAGUCUCGAUCAAAGAUUGGCAUCCCUGAAUUUUAUCAUCCAUUUAAUCCACAUCAUCUCAUUUUCCAGCAAGGCAAAGGUUCUGCUGUUAAUUUGGAGGGCCCUGCCUCUAGUUAUGCAGCUUUUCAUGAAAAAAUGGGACUAACCAAACUACCUUUUGACGAACAAUUGUUUCCCAGAUAUCCAUUCCCUGCUGAGAAUUUUCCCCAUCCACACCCUGGCCUAUUCCCUAGUUUGUCAUUGGGAUCAAGAGUUACUACAGAUGUGAAUGAGUCACAUCAUGAUCACCCAAUGAUGCCAAUGUUUCCAAAUUUGAACUUUUCUAUUCCUGAUACAUCAAGAUGUAAUAACCCACCAGAGUCAGAAGUGCCUCCGACACUAGGAUUCGGUCAAAUACCUCCCAAGUUGUCAUCAUCAUUUCCUGAAAACCAUAGGAAGGUUCUUGAGAAUAUCAUGCUAAGAACUGGAGCAGGAUCAUCAGGAAAUGUAUUAUCGAAAAAGAAAAGCAGAACGGAUAUUUGGUCUGAAGAAGAACUGGACAACCUCUGGAUUGGGGUUCGUAGACAUGGACGGGGCAACUGGGAUGCCAUGCUGCGUGAUCUUAGGUUAAAAUUUUCCAAGUUCAAAACAGUGGAAGAUUUGUCGGUAAGAUGGGAAGAGGAACAAACCAAAGUUUUGGAUGUUGUACCAUCAUUACCCACUGGUAAGGGACUCAAACCACCUAAACCUGGGAAAUCAAACACAUUCCCUUGCAUCCCUGAUGGAAUGAUGACUAGGGCAUUGCAUGGAAGCAAGUUUUGUGGACCGUUGAAAUUCCCGAACCAGCUUACUGACUUGAAAUUGGGUUUCAGUGACUUGCCUCCAACCUUUUCUCAUGCCGAUCAUCUCAGUCAUAUUUAUCCUCUCCCAACAUGGAAUGCUGAUAAGUACCCACCAAAUGUUCCGGGAGACUUAAAUGGAUGGCCCUCAAAAUUUCUCAUGGAGUCUCCUUUGCUGCUGAGCUCUUUGGGUACAAGUAGUCUGGGACCUCUUGGCUCAAAAAAUUGCACAGGCAGAUUAUCUCAGAAAGAAGGGGAAGAAAGUUCAAGUAGAUUAGGGAUGUUAUCAAGCAUUCUUGAUCAAUCACUGAAUUUCUUGCAUGAAAGUAACAAUUUGAGGAAUGGCGACUCAAUUGGUUUUUCUAUGCCUUCAGAUGCCAUCAAUAAGAAGGGAAAACAUGGCCUCUCUUCAUUGAAAGGGAAAGAGGUAGCAGAAUGUGGUUCGUCAAAGAUUAAGCUCCCUCACUGGCUUCAAGAAGCAGUGAAUGUUCCACCUCCAAAGUCUAGUGAACCUUUACUGCCUCCAGCUUUGUCUGCAAUUUCACAUUCGGUCCGCUUACUGUAUGGAGAUGGAAACCCUACAAUUCCUCCCUUUACCGUGCCUGGUCCACUACCCUCACAACCACCGGAUCCUCGACUGAGUUUAAAGAAGAAGAAAAAGAAACAGAGACCUCAUAUUCCCCCAGAGUUUUUACAAAGUUUAAAGGAGUCAGAUGAUGCCUCCCAAAGGGGCCUUCCUGCUGAGAAAAAUGGUUCAACUUUUGUUCCUCAAGAUCAACCGUCUUCCUUUGUGCUUUUGAAUUCUGUUGCUAGUACAUCUGAAUCCAGUGUUAUGUCUUUGAUAAAACAGAAUAUUAUGAACCCUUCAUCCUUUUCAGCUGAGCCAUCUCUUCCAAAUAUGACAACGGCUGAUUUUUCUCCUUCACCAGAAGUGCUUCAAUUGGCUGGCAUGUCAGUUCUAAGUCCGAAUAUGAUGAGCCCUUCAUCAUCGCCAGCUAAUCCAUCUCUGCAUUUGAUUGGUACGUCUUCCCGAAGUCAGCAUGUUAUGAAGCAAUCUGUGCAAAACAGGACAACUGCUUGUGAAUUAACUCCUUCCCCUGAAGUGCUUAUAUUGGCUACGUCCAGUAUGGCCACUGAUCCGAGGGAUAUCCGUGAAAUCAAACAUAAACUGAAUAUGCCACCUGAAUUCAUACAGAGUUUAAAGGAAUCUGGUGAUGCCUCCCAGAGGGGGGGCCUUCCUGGUGAGGAAAAUGGUUUAACUUCUCAAGACCAAUCUUCUCUUGUCCUUUUACAAUCGCUUGCUAGUAGUGCCUCAGAACCUCCAUCAAUAGAACCCAACUUUGGUAUGUCUUCCGUGAGUCAGAGUAUGAACCCUUCAUCCUUGCCAGCUGAGCCAUCUCUGCCAGAUACAAUAAAACCUGGUGAAUCGUUUCCUGAUCCAAUUUCUAUUGAUGAGGAAGCAAAGGAUAAAUCAUCUGUGGAGGAGAAAGAUUAAAGUGAGCGAAGCAGGACUUCUCAGUCAGAUCCUGCCUGAGACAGGCAGCACAUUGUGGAUGUGGAUAGAGAUAGCGUCUUCAGAAGGCUGUUUCUGAUCUUCUUGCUGCUGAAUGAACCAUGAAUUAAUGGUAGGUGUCCAUUUUUUGUUGUUGAAUGAAACUCUGCAUGUAGUUAAGUUGCAGAGACUCGUCCGAACUCUCAAUUUUUGUAGAGGAUAAUGCAAUUGCACAGACUGUUUUAAGUGUAGUGUAGUUAGACCAACUUGUAAUGUAAAGCUUCUGUAAGAGAAAUGAAAUAUAGGAUGGUGUAAAAGAUAGUGGUGUUACUUGGAAGAGAGAUCUAAAUUAGCCUCUUGUUACGAAGAAUCUCCAGAAUAGGAAUAUUAAUUCCCAUUCAAGCAAUUGUUAGAAAUAUCCGAGUUAUUAUAGAAAGCAGAUAUGGAUGAUUUCUUUCUGGAUAUAUCAAAGAUAUUUUCGAUAUUAUUUGUAAACGUAUCAAGAAUUUAAGGUUGCUUUUGGUGUUGAAUAAUACUACUAUAAUCUUCUGGUAAUCUGUACGAUUUCCGUUGAGAAUGAACAGAUUAUUGC